GAGCUUUCGCCCUCGCUCAGCUGUGUGUGCGGUGGUGUGUCUGAGGGCAAAAGCGAAAAAAGUGGCCGAUGCAACCAUGGGACGAUGUGUGGUGACGUUGUUUUGUAUUUGUUCGGCUCUUGCCAUCGCGGGAGCGUUUAAUGAUGGCGAUCAGGUGAUGAUGUACGUGAACAAGGUUGGGCCUUACUUCAACCCGCACGAGACGUACCACUACUACCAGCUACCAGUGUGCCGGCCAGACAAGAUCGUCCACCGGAGCCUAACUUUGGGGGAAAUCCUGGAUGGUGAUCGAAUGGCAGAAUCAAUGUAUAAGAUAGAAUUCAAAGUUAACGUGGAGAAGAAGGUGCUCUGCACAGUUAACCUGUCAGCUGAGGACUUCAAGAAGCUGAAGGAAGCCAUUGAAGAUCUCUACUACUUUGAGUUUGUCUUAGAUGGCCUGAGACUAUGGGGCUUCAUUGGGCAGUUAGAAGAAGGCUCUUUGAUCCCACACAAGCACAAACUGUAUCUCUGGACGCACCUCACCUUCAACAUUGAGUACAACGGGAAAGAGGUGAUAUCGGCUAAUGUGACAGUGACGGACGGUGUGCCCUUGCUCCUGGACGAGAUGGCAGCUCCGUUGGACAUCACCCACACGUACUCCGUGCGCUGGCUGCCCACAAAUGUCACCGAGCGUGCCCCCCUCGGACUCUCCAAGGACGGGCCUCGCGCGUUUUUCUUCCCACAAACAUUGGAGGUCCACUGGCUGUCUGUCAUAAAUUCCUUGGUGCUGAUAUUCCUGCUCCUGGGCUUUAUUGGUGUCAUCCUGACACGCGUCCUCAAGAACGACAUUGCCCGUUACAAUUCCAUGGAGAGCAAGGCUGAAAUGGACGUGGAAGAGUACGGCUGGAAGAUCAUCCACGCAGAUGUCUUCAGGUUUCCUCCUCACAAGAACCUCCUCUGCGCCAUUCUGGGUGUUGGCACGCAGUUCCUCUGCAUUGCGGUUGGUGUGCUGCUCAUGGCACUGCUUAGUGUGUUCAACGUGCACAACCAUGGUUCCAUGAACACAGCCAUCUGCGUCCUCUAUGCAUUAACAUCCUGCAUAGCGGGCUUUGUCUCUUCUAAGAUGUACCGUCAGAUGGGGGGAACCAACUGGAUCACAAACAUCAAUCUGGUCUCCUGCCUUUUCUUCCUGCCUCUGUUCCUUGUGUGGAGCGUCCAGAACUCGACUGCCUGGGCUUACCACUCCACCCAGGCUCUUCCAGCGACAACCGUCGUGUUGCUCCUGUUAGUUUGGAUCUGCUGUGGCUACCCACUGACCCUUAUGGGUGGCAUUCUGGGCAAGAACUGCGCGGGCCCCUUUGAGGCUCCUUGUCGAGCCAAGCUGAUUGCGAGGGGAGUGCCACCCGUGCCGUGGUAUCACUCGCUGCCCAUCCAUUGCUUCGUGGGUGGCUUCCUGCCCUUCAGUGCCAUCUCGGUGGAGCUGUACUACAUCUUCUCGACCGUGUGGGGGCGGGAGCACUACACGCUGUACGGCAUCCUCUUGGUGGUGGCGCUGAUCCUGUUCAGCGUGACGGCCAGCAUAGCAGUGGUGCUCACCUACUUCCAGCUCUCCUCCGAGGACUACCACUGGUGGUGGAAGGCCAUCUGCACCGGAGGGUCCACGGGUGCAUUUGUAUUCUUCUACUCGGCGUUCUUCUACUUCUUCCGCUCCAACAUGGGCGGAACCCUGCAAGCCGUCGAGUUCUUCGGCUACAGCAUCCUGACGGCAUACGUGUUCUUUCUGUCCCUGGGCACCGUGAGCUUUUUCUCGGCGUACAGGUUCGUGCGCUACCUGUACAGCACCAUUAAGACGGACUGAUUGGCCACUCCUCCGUUUCUGCUGCUGCUGCUGCUGCUGCUAGUUUCGCGGCUGCCACCAUUGCUGGCAGCAUCUCGGCAGCUGCCAACUUGUUUGCUUUUGUGCCGUGUACCUUCGUGCACGAUCACCGCAGCCGUUGCGCAGUUGUGUUUCUCGAGAUUGGGGCCGUGAGCUUGACUGUUGCAUCACUUUCAGAACUGCACUUUGCUACCCCAGUGUUCGUUGCCUGUGCCUGAUCGCUCUCUCUUUUUCUUCUUUCCCUCUCAAGAGUGGGCCUGUUUGCAUUCUGUACAAGUGAGGAAGUAGAUUACUGUACAUAUUUAAAACUGGGUCGCUCUCUGUCGAUGCAUCGCCGAGCGGUUUGCUGUGUUACAGCGAAUUCCGAUUGGAGCGAGUGAGCAAAAUGGUUCUUGCGUGUUUUUCGAUGGGAUUGAAACUCUCUUGGUUGAAACCCUUGCUGUGGUACUCUUUCGUGCACUUUUUCUAGUACAGUUCAUCUUUCCGUACAGUGCCGUCGUGUCUUGAAGUGCUUGAGAUUGUGAAAUCGGCUGUGUCGAUUGUUGGCUUAGUGGCAAUGCCUUAGUUGUGCACUUGAGCACUGCGCUAUCAAGAUAGAGACCCUUGUUAUAGUGCACCGUGAAGCCAGGCGCAUUUUGAUAAUUCAGCUCAUGAAGUCUUUCUAUAGGGCAUGGGGCAGGUCGGGAGCUUUAAACGCCGUGGCCUUGCUAAUCCUUUCUCUAGUUAUUAUUGGAAGGCCCUUCCAAGCUUGAAACUGGGAAGUGGCUCCGUUGUCGUAGGAACGGUUGUGUGGACGAGCUGCAGAAAGAUCGAUUUGAAGAACAGUGCACUUUACCGCUUCUAGUGAGAGUUCAACCUGUGGGGGUUUCUUUGCAUGUCGUCGUGCACCGUUAACUGUUCGAUGUAAGUUUUCAUUUCAUGCUAGCCUCAUUCCAUUUGACACACUACGGACAAACCCUUCGUAGAGCUCGAUGAAAUUUACCAAUUAUAUAGUUAACAUUCAAGAUUUAUUGGAAGUUACAAAGUUGCUAUCACAACAAAGUUUAGACAAUACUUAAAGUGUGCUACAUCACGAAGUGAGACAGCAGAGCACUUCUUUUAUUGUAAUUUUGAUGUGCGCUUUCUUGCUACUUAACCCAAUGGUAAAGGAAAAGUGUGUUUGAUUGUUUUCUGCAUUGCCAUUGUUCUCAGAAUACUUCAUGUCCAUGUAGUCUUGAAAAUGUACCUGGUUUCAAACCAUAUAACAUGGAGUGCAGAGUUGUUUAGAUUGUAUUGUGAUCAGGUGUUUUCUUUAAGUCUUGUUCACCUAUGUGGCAUUGUUCACCCAUAUGGUCUUGCUGUAAUCACAUGGCACCUCCAGAGAGCAAAGAAUAACUUGAAAAGUUAUUGGAUACUUUGUACAUUUAUUUACCUUUCGUUUCAUGACAUGACAAUUUUUACUGUGCGUCAGUGCUGCCUUGUAUAUGGGGAUCACCAUUGAGACUGCAUUUGAAAGUCCUGAAGUUGCUGUCUGUAUUGCAAGAGCAUAGAAUUUUCGAAGAUUGGCUACACGUAGCAGCCGCAAGAGGUAUUCCGUAAAGUCUUAUGUACUGUUCACAGUCCUUUCAUAAGACGUGAUGCUACACUAAUUGUACCUUGCAAAAACUCAGUUGGUAACUUGGCUGCCGGAAUAAUACUAACGAUAAUAAUAAAGUUUUUAGUUGGCACGAAGUCAACUUGCCCUUUUGUAAUACCGAGUGAGCCUUACCUCCACUAAUUAUACGUAAAAAAGUCUUCACAAGGAAGCUUGAAGCCCACUGUAUUGUCACAUUUCUGAUACUGCAGUCUCAGUUCUGCCUUUUCCUAAUUAGUGCAUUAAGAUCGCAACAAUUCGAAACCUUUACGUUCAAGUUGAUGGAUAAUUGAACUACAUGGCUGGUCCUAAUGAGGUUGUGUUUAUUUCGAAUACAAAAAAAAAAGCCUGCCGUGAAUUCGAACUCUUAAGAAAUUCUCAGAGGCACUUUUGAACAAAAUUUAUCCCUUCUACAGACCACCAUUUGGAAAAAGUCUCAUUACGUUGCCCAUUGCUUCAAUGUGCCUUCAAAACUUUAAAACAGCACUAUUACCAAUGCUAAGCGUACAAAAAGACAACGCUACGAAGCAACCUGCUUUCGUACCCACUGCAGAUUAUACCUGCAAAACAUGUUCAGCCGCUACGAGCGUUGUCAAUUGGAGCGUGGACGGUUGAGUUGACUCGGGCUAUCUGCAUGUAAAGGCAACGCAGGCAGUGCCCGUCCAGGAAUUUGUGACAAGACCGACACUAAUGCACUGCUCAUUAGGCACUAUAUUCAGUGUAGGUCUUUUUAGAUAAAAGCCCAUUAUAUUCAAAUUUCUAACACCUCUGGAAUUCAAAUUAACGAUGUUCCACUGCACUACGCCUUCACUCACAAUGCGAUCCAAAGAACAAGGGCACCAAAGAAUGACGCAGAAUUAGUGCUGGUGUCCUUUUUCUGGUGUCCUUGUUGUUUCGAUCACGUUGUGAGUGAAGGUGCAGGUGUACCGACUUGUCUAAUUGGGUACCGUGCUCCACUGUACUAGAUGCUCGCUUUCACUUAUUGUUACACCAUCAGUCUUGGAUGGAGUCUUUCUCUUUAAGGGCACCGGGAGACUGAAAUCUUGAGAAGGAGGAGGAGGUGUCGAACGGAGUGCUCAGGAAACUUUCGUUUCUUGAAUGAUCUCAGUCUUUCAGCAGCAGCAUUUUCUUUUCUUUUCUUUUUUUUACUGCUAAUUGGUGUAACCACCAAGUGCACCGAGAUGUAGCGCCUCGCAUUUAUUGUUGCCUUCUUCUGGGUGCCUGCACAUUGUCUUCCUAGUGUGCUGCACUGCCAUGACAUUUUCUGGUCAGAAGCAACACCGUUUGUUAACCUCUCGCUUUCAUGCAAUCUGUGUUCUGAAGCACGGGACUCAAUGUUGCCAUACCACACCUGUAGAGUUUCUUUUGUUUCUUCUUGGUUGUGUUGUGUGCUUCUCUGUUUGACUCGCAUAAUAUUGGUUGGCUUAGUGCAAUAGUGCCUACUGUCGUGUCAUUUUUCGUCGCCACCUUGCACACACGCACACACAUGCACACUGUGGUCUCACUUGCAGGUUUUAAAUAGCACAGAAUGCAUUUAUUCGCAUCAGUAGAUUUCUCUUCCUAUUGGAUGAUGAGAUGUAGAGAGUAGGAGCUGGUGCCGGUGCUAGGCCUCGCCGUUUGUAUUACGUGACAGUUCUGGUUGUCCAAAAGCUAGAAGGAUGGCUAAGAGCAUUGUCAUUUCUAUUUCCAAGGUGAUCGAACUACAGGAGAUGCUGUAGUCCGCAGUGUAACCAGAAAUCUUGUUUUUUAUGUGGCAGCGUUGCGCACUUGAAUAGGAAGUCUACAACUGUCAGGCAUGUAAUGUCACGUGUAGUUUUGUGCUCGUUGUCUUGUAGUAUACACAGCACAGACACCAGGGGCUUUUCUCCAUGUUGCACCCCUCUGGUUAUGCACCUGGCUAUAUUGGUUAUACAGAACAGGCUCUACCGCCCAGGAUAAAACUUCGUUCAUUAUUAUGUGGCUUGCGAUUGUUAAAUACACCUAACGAAGUAGUACAUACUAGUACGUCCCUUUUGAACCUUUAACAGUGAAUUAGGCUAUGGCUCUCUAUAAAACAAUCAUCUAGGUGGCUCCAUAAUGUACAGUCUGUCCUGGCAGGUAUUUGUUCACACGAGAUGUAUAUAUUGCUGGCUGUUCAGAUGAGAUGUAUAUUUUGCUGCUUGAGUAGCCAGAACAGUUCACAUUUGUCAACUUUGUGUGGUGCUGUACGUAGUGCUAUUCGGUUAAGGCUUUACUGAGGUGACGUUGCACAUUUAGAUAUGCCAGAAUGAUUUUUGCCGCUUACGACUCGCAUAAAAGGGAUUAUACGCCCUAGAACAAUGUAACUGUUGAAUUUAUUCUCUUAACCUGCAGCUGACACUUCAUUGCUGGAAGCUUCGUCACAAAUUAACCAUCCCCGCCAUUUCUUAUGUAGCAUUUAAUAAAACCUGUGACCCUAAUGAAUAUCACUAACUCCUUGGCAAGUUACGAUGACAACCAGUCAUGCGAACUGUUGUGACUUAUCCUUAUGAAGUUGUAUAAACAUUCAUUCGUAGGCAAAACUGUAGCGUAUCAACUUGACUGAGUUAUUUAGAAGCAAACAAGUUCCAUUUAUUUCACUGUAGUCUGGAACUUUAUUCCCAUAAUACACUAAUGUGCGCACAGGUGUGAAUGGUGUUUCAAAGUUAGUCACCUGGGCACACUUAAAGAACUAGUCACAUUGUGUCUGGAUCAAGGUAAACGAUCAGGCCGUGGUAGUCUGUGCAUAUCAUGCGCACAUGGACAUCGGAUGCGUGUGUGUGAUCUUGAUCUAAUUUUGUGUAGUUGUGUUCAAUCGUGCAUUCGCUCAUUUGGCAUGGAAGCAUGUGUGCUUAAGUGGGAGUGUUUGUUGGAGUGUUAGCGUGUUAACUAAUUAAAAAAACCGAGUGAAAGUUUUUGUUUUUUGAGCUGCUUCCUUUCAGCCUGCCUUGUGGUUUUAUGUACUGAUGGCUGCAUGUUUAUUUAUUGUACGUUGAGUGGUAUUAAAGUAUGUUUUUGUUUGUACAAA